CAACAUAUCAAGAGCCAACGCUGAGGAAAACGUUCCGGAUGGUUCCAGGUUCCAGGUUGUGACCGCCGGCACCACAGAAGAAGAACCUGGGACCGGUUGUGAGGAGCGGGAGGACCAGAGAUCUGCUGAAGAUCUGCUGAAGACCUGCUGAACCUGCUCAUGGAAUACACCUGAGAUUAUACCUGAGAUUUACCUGGGGAGAAACCGUAAACACAGAUCAGCGUCUGAGCGGCGGCCAUCUUGGAAGCUCAGGGUUGUUGGUUCCACCAGUUCCUCCCCCUGGAGCUCUACCAGCCCCCCCAUCAUGGAUCCUGGAUCGGGGCGGCUGCCGGUCCAGGUCCUGGGAGAGAACGAGGCGCUGCAGCAGUUCUUCAACGGUCUGGACAGCUCGGUUGCCGUGGAUACCAGCGUCCUAGAGGAAUUCCUGAGCAACAACAUGGAGCCCUGCAGCUUCAUGCUCCCUGAGUCUCCUCCAGAUUCCAGCUCCGAGGCCUGUUCACCUCCACAGAUACCAGAUUUCCACUACGAGCAACCGUCCUCGUCGAUGCACCGUGAGGAACUUCAACCCACAUCCUGGCAUUUGAAGGGUGGAGACUCCGCCCCCUCCUAUCCCCCCCUGCUGACCCGCGACCAGCUAACCGCUUACGUCAGGCCUGGGACAAUGCAUCAGCAGCACGCCUUACCCACAAUGCAUCACCAACACACUUUACCCACAAUGCAUCAGCAGCACGCCUUACCCACAAUGCAUCAGCAGCACGCCUUACCCACAAUGCAUCACCAGCGCACACACACUUUACCCACAAUGCAUCACCAACACACUUUACCCACAAUGCAUCACCAACACACUUUACCCACAAUGCAUCACCAACACACUUUACCCACAAUGCAUCACCAACACACCUCACCCACCAGCUACUCCCACAGUUACGCCCCCCCCACCCCCCCGUCGCCCCCUCCCCCCACCGACACCCAUGGGACACCCGUCACUGGAAACAUGGCUCCGCCCCCCUCUGACGUCACCGGGCAUGGGCGGGUCCCAAACAUGGCUCCGCCCACCUCAGACUGUCUGCUGAGCUCCGCGACCGCAUUGCACCCUGGCUGCAGUAAAAAGAGGAGGCGUUCGGAGUCCGAGGACUCGGCGGUGGACGGGUCCUGCUGCGACGGGGGAAGAACUGGACCGGUACCGGGUCUAGGGGGAACCCAGAUGUUGACCUGGGAACCGUACCGGUCUGGGGACUGGAGCUGCUUGUACGACGACAGAAACCAGAAACUGUCUCCUCCUUCGUAUCACGUGGAAACAGAUAAAGGCUUCAACUACUCGACGGCCGAUGAGUCGUUCGUCUGCCAGAAGAAGAACCACUUCCAGGUCUCGGUUCACGUCGGGGUCUCGUCAGAACCACGAUCCGUCCAGACUCCGGGGGGGAGACAGGAAGUCCAGGACUUUCAGAUUAAAGUGUUCGGGAUUAAGUCGGACUCUCCCGGCUACCUGGUGACCAUCGAGCAAUCCCAGCCGGACCGGAGCAAGAAACCCUUCCACCCCGUCAGCGUUCGUCUGCCCGGCGGGAAAAUCACCAAAGUGACGCUCGGCCGGCUGCAUUUCAGCGAGACGACGGCCAACAACAUGAGGAAGAAAGGCAAACCCAACCCUGAUCAGAGGUAUUUUCAGAUGGUCGUCGGUCUCUACGCCGCCGUCGGGGAAGAAACCUUCCUGUUAGCAGCUCUGGCCUCCGAGAGGAUCAUCGUCCGGGCGUCCAACCCGGGCCAGUUUGAGGUGGACGGCGACCCCCUGUGGCAGCGCGGCGGCGCGGCGGGUGACGCCCUGGUUUGUCACGGCCGCGUCGGCAUCAACACCGACUCCCCUGACGACGCGCUGGUCGUCGGCGGCAACGCCAGAGUGAUGGGAGCCAUUCUGCAGCCGUCGGACCGCCGAGCCAAGCACAACAUCCAGGAGGUGGACUCGGAGCAGCAGCUGAAGAGAAUCACCAAGAUGAGGAUCGUUGAGUACGAUUACCGGCCGGAGUUCGCCUGCAGCAACGGGAUAGACCACGCCCACCACACAGGCGUCAUCGCCCAGGAGGUGAAGGAGCUGCUUCCGUCUGCGGUGAAGGAAGUUGGAGACGUGACCUGCUCGGACGGAGAGAAGAUCCCCAACUUCCUCAUGGUGGACAAGGAGCAGAUCUUCAUGGAGAACGUGGGGGCGGUGCAGCAGCUGUCCAAGCUAACGGAUAAUCUGGAGACCCGGAUCCAGGAGCUGGAGGUUUGGAACCAGCGGCUGCAGAAGCUCAAGAGCCUGACGGGGAGCAUACGCUCAACAAUGACGUCGUCCAGCCGACGUCCGCAGAGACACAGCAGCGUCUCCACGACAGAGUCCGGUAAAUCCAGGAAGGUCCAGGACGAACGCCGCUCUCAGAAACGCAGCUACUGCCUGCAGAAGACGAUCUUCCAGGCUAGCGUGUUCACACUGCUGGCCACCAUGGCCUUCUGCAUCAUCUCCAUCGGAGCUCUGUACCUGCUGAACAUGAGAGACGACUUUGACCUCUCAGACCACAGUAACAGCAGCAUCCUUCCUCUGAAGACGACGCCCUGGGCCACUACAGUCCUCCCAACCAGCCCCCCUGGGGGUUCAACUAGCCCCCCCGGCCCCCCCGGGCCGUGGCCCCCGGACGUGGACUUCUGCAGCCUGCUGUACUGCGAGGAGGUGCACUGCUGCCCCCCACCAGCAGGGGGCAGCAGAGAGUCCUCCCCACCAGUAGGGGCCAGCAGAGAGUCCUCCCCACCAGCAGGGGGCAGCAGAGAGUCCUCCCCACCAGCAGGGGGCAGCAGAGAGUCCUCCCCACCAGCAGGGGGCAGCAGAGAGUCCUCCCCACCAGCAGGGGGCAGCAGAAUGUUCUCCCCACCAGCAGGGGGUAGCAGAGAGUCCUCAGUAUUCUCCCUGACAGGCCGUGGAAGAGAAAUCUUCAAGCGGCGCCCUGAAAGCUCUGUCGACUGGAAAAACACAACUAUCCACACCUUCAUGAUCAGAGAAAACCAGCAGGUGAUCGACAGCAAGUACUGCCUGAGGGACGAGUGCGGGCCCGAGAGGUUUGUGUUCCGAGUUCCCAUCAGCCAGUUCGUCCCGGAAAACAUGAAGGUCACACUGGUCAUGAACUCCACGGAGCUGCUGGUCGUCCAUCUGUGUAACCUGGACGAGUCCAGAACCUGCUCGUCCCUGAUGGACCAGAACUCGCUGACCCGGACCAGAUACCCCCCAAAUACUCAGGGGGAGCACCAGUGGACUCUUCCUGUGGCUCAACUUCAUCAAAGCUCCUAUCACUUCCGAUCGGCGGUGGCUGGCCAGGCCGACUGCAGUACCGACCACCACUACGCGGGGGCGCUGUUCACCGACUACCACUUCCACUUCUACCGACGCUGCAGCCACUCCUAGAUGAAGAUUCUCCUCCGACUGAUCCAUAUAUCUUCUUUACUUUUAUUCUGUUUUCUCUUGUGAAGCUUUGAGGAAAAAUGACUUUGUUCCUACGAAUGAACUUCCUGAAGCAAAACUUCAACACGAUGGAGACUGAAGGAGAAGAAGAACAAACUUUUCCUUCAUUCCUGGUUUGAUUUUAUCCUGGUGAAGAAGUUCCAGACUGUUCCAGACUGGUACCAAGAUCCUGACCCGGUACCAAACCCCCUGAACCCUGAACCCUCGCUGAGGAACAACCGGUCCAGGAGGAACGGGAUAAACGGGAUAAACCAGGAUAAAUCGGUCCACUUGAAUGUUCUUGUUUGUAAUGAAAGUCUGUUUCUGAUUUUAAGGAAUAUUUCACUAAUUCUGAAAAUGUGAAUUAAAAGUCUGAGUGGAAGGAAUAUUUACCUGUAGAAGGAAAUGCUGAUGCAGUUGGUGUCGUUUCUGAUCAUUGAUUUUUAGGAGCUCAAUUGUGUCUUUAAUAAAACUAAAAAACUAAACUAAUAAAACUACGUAAAAACUGUUGAA